CCUCGAGAACCUUUAUUUAAAAUGAUCAAAUCAGCCAUCCUGUUGUUCACAACUCUGUUCAUUGCCUCUGCCGCUGCCAAAAAGACAGAAUUUGAACGCCGUAUUGUUGCUUUGGGUGAUCUCCAUGGUGAUUUACCCAACACACUUGCGAUCCUCAAGUUCUCAAAGCUUAUUGAUCAGGACCACCAUUGGAUUGGUGGUGAUGCUAUCUUUGUCCAAACAGGUGAUGUGGUUGAUCGCGGAACAGACACCAUUGCCUUAUAUGAGUUAAUUCAACAGAUGCGUAAAGAAGCGCCAUUACAAGGUGGACUGGUCAUUCCUUUGCUAGGAAAUCAUGAAAUUAUGAAUUUAGUUGGUGAUUGGCGCUAUGUUUAUCCUGGAGAGCCAGAGACUUUUGGAGGCGUUGAAGCUCGUAAAAAGGCAUUCGAAGCCGACGGGUUUAUUGGCGAAUAUCUAACUCUAUUAAAUAUGACUACGAAAGUGGGUUCCACAGUAUUCUGCCAUGGUGGAAUUACUCCCCAUUUUAGCAAAUUUGGUAUUGAUUGGAUUAACGACCAAACUCACGAUAGCAUUAUUCCUUACAUGAAAUCACAUGGUCGUAGAGGCGAUAAGCAUGGCAUUUUCGGUAAUGAAGGGCCCACAUGGUAUAGAGGUUAUGCGUUAGAUGAUGAGGAUGAAAUAUGUAGCGUCUUGGAUAAAGCUCUAGAUAUGAUGGAGGCUAAUCGAAUGGUUGUGGGUCAUACUGUCCAGCAUGAUGGAGCUAUACAUACCCGUUGCGGAGGCAAACUCAUUUUAAUCGAUAUUGGUAUUUCGAAAGCUUAUGGCGGUAGAAAGGGUGCUAUAGAAAUUCGUGGAAAUAAGGUGACUGCAUUGUACUCCACUUAUAACGAGCUCUUGGACACUCCCCCUGCUUAUAUUCCCUUACAUCAACGUAAAAAUAAUGGUGGUCAAAAGGUGAUACACCAAGAAUUAUAGACCGCGCCUUUUGAUAGAGCUAUCCAGGUGCGAUUGUAAAUUAAUAAACAUUUGUGAUGGAUAUUUUUUUUUUUGUUA